GGCAAAUGCAUCAAUUUCCAAUUUCACUAUUUCAGUAGCCACUCUGGCCCAUUCAUUCAACCCGCUUCUUGUCCAGUGAACCCAUUUCAUUCCCGGCGGAGUUGCUUUCUUUCCUGAAUUCCCAAAUCCCUUCCAAACCCUGAACCCUUCGAAACCCAAAAAAUCUCCUCGCCGCAGUUCAGAAAAUGGCUUCCAUCUCCUCAAAGUUCCCGACCAAAUCCCUAACCAAGUUGUUAACUUUCAGUCCGAAGAGCGGCAUCUCUCGCUCCCUAUCAGCCGCCACUGCCGCAGCGGCUUCAGAGACCCGAACCCAGAAGCUGGAACGCAUCGCCGACGAUCUUCUCGACCUCACGAAGCUCGAGCGCCACGACUACGCUGUCCUCUUCCGCCUCAAAAUGGGUCUCAACCGCUACGGCCCGGCUCUCUCCGGACCCAUGUCCUCGGGCCCCGCGGGCGGCGCCGCCGCCGCGGGUGCGGAUUCGAAGCCGGCCGAGAAGACGGUGUUCGACAUCAAGCUGGAGAAGUUCGACGCGGCGGCGAAGAUCAAGAUUAUUAAGGAAGUUAGAUCCUUUACCGAUUUGGGUCUCAAAGAGGCGAAAGAUUUGGUGGAGAAAGUGCCUGCGGUGCUGAAGAAAGGGCUUACUAAAGAGGAGGCCACCGCCAUUGCUGAGAAGCUCAAAGAAUUGGGAGCUACCGUGUUGUAGGCAUUUACUGAAUGAUAAAGCUUCGUGAGAUUUCAGAGGAUACACAAAUGGAUUUGCAUCAGGUUGCCCUGGGGUUAUGGAAGGCAUGUUAACAUUUAGAUGGUGCUGAAAUACACUGACUAGGGUUUAAGAACGGCUGCAAUGACCAUGUUGAAGAGUGUCCCAAUGGCUCUGGAACUUAUAGAACAUCCAUGAUAAAAUGCAUCAUCUGCAUAACCAUUUUGUAUUGUGUAUACCCUGAAAUGAUAUGAAGC